CAAGAACGCCUCACACAAGUUGCUGACCAACAUCUAUUCAUCCAUCCCUUGCUGCGAGGUACUCGGUCUAACAUCGUUGGUAGUUGGUACACGGUGGCCGCCAGAGCCGUUUGUGCGAUUAGUUAGUCCCGGUAGGACACACAGUGGAAAAGAAAUAGACUCUAGACUAUAGUUUUUUUUUUCAUUUGUGAAUUUUCGUUCUGUUGUCCGUCGUCCUCGUUGUCAUCGUCAUCGUGUCAGUAGUCAGUACAGCACGGUUCGAUUGCUGCCGGCCGCGGAGUGCGGAGAAACCUUUUUUUCAUUCGAUUUCGCUUCCCGGAGACGAAAAUUUGCUUCCUACGGGAGCAGAGACUUGCACUUCAUUCGAGUUCAAAAUUUCGGUUCGGAAAGGACGGAGAAAUACCACUAGCAGGAGCGGCAGAAGCAGACACAGUGAUUUUUUUCUGAUUUCUUCCAAGUGAAAUGUGACUACCCAUAAAGUGACUCGGUGAAUUUUUCGGUGUUUUGAAAAUUUAAAAGGCAAACAAGCUGAAGAAAGAGUGCUGCAAAGUGAAUCACUUGCAACUGAGAAUUUUGUUUUCAAUCGUUCUUUUAUUCGAUAUCUAAGCUAGCCCUAGUGCCUAGGAUAAGUAAGCUAAGGCCAGUUGAAAGUGUGUGCGAGCUCUUUGGAUAAUACUUUAGUUUUCUUUAUUAUUUACUCGGUUUAAGCAUUUAAUCGUAAGAUCCAGACACAACCCACCCUCAGACCAGAGCACGACCUCCCGAUUUCGGAGCAAACUGUGAAACAUUGUGCGCUAGUUCGUGAGUGAACAAAGAAUGUUGCCGCUCGCCGUUACAUAAAAGCUCUGACGGUUGAUUAUUGGAAAAGUGUUCCACCCCGGAAAUACUGGCGGAGUGUGUGCAUAGCUCGAGCGAAAAAGAGUGAAAAACAAACAAACAUCCUAGUGCAGUGUCGAAACAAAAAAAAAAUAAACCAAAGCAAAGUGUUAGACAUAGCAAAAUUCGCCAGAAGGUGCUUUGGAAAAUUAUUGGAAAAAAAAUCUGGUGGCAAAAUACAUUCUUGAAAGGUGCUUUUCUUCAAACGGCCGACCCGUGGAUGGAUCAAAAAUCCUAGCAUCGUUCCCAGAUCCGGCAUAAAGCAGCUUCAAUGUCGUCAAAAGCUGGCAGCAAAUUCUCACAUAUAGCGAAGAUUGGCAUUGGCUUAAAAACUCAAAAAUCUCAUCGGAAGGUGAAAUAAUUUAAAACGUGGCUCGCCCAAAACAGCUAGAUGUAACAAAACCGGAAAACCGAACGCACUCGUAACGAUCACCAUUUUGGAGUACACGCCGGAAAUCUAUCGACGAAGGAGGGAAGGCAAAAAUUACCUAAAACCUCUGAACGGCUGGACGGAUCCCCAAAACAAGAAUCAACCCAAAAUCGAAUAAUUUCACCUCAGCAAAUUGAAUCCCGAAACACACUGACAGGUACAUACACACACACAUACACAAACACGAUCCAGCUGGAAACCCGCAAACGAAACGGAGAUAAUUCACACACCUUUCGGCAACACAGGAAAUUCCGUUGGAUUACUUCCCUCCAUCAGAGUCCCACCUUCUUUUACCCCAUCACAAGCGAGAGUUGGCGAUUUUCCCGAAGCAACCGGAAAAGCAGAAUAAGGACAGGAGCCGACACGAGAGUGAGAUAAAAAAAAGAGAAGAAUAGCAGAAGGAAAGCCACCGGUGGAUAACCAUUGAAGAAAUGGCCGAAGGUAAUGGUGAACUGGUGGAAGAAAUGGCAAACCAGAAAAUGGGAGAAGGCGCUGGCGAUGGCGAACGGACAGAGGAUUACAGCAAACUGCUGGAAUAUGGACUCGACAAAAAGGUGGCCGGCAAGCUGGACGACAUCUACAAAACCGGCAAGCUUGCUCACUCCGAACUGGAUGAGCGAGCUCUGGACGCACUAAAAGAGUUCCCCGUCGACGGAGCCUUGAACGUUCUGAGUCAGUUUCUGGAAUCGAAUCUGGAGCAUGUGUCCAACAAAUCGGCCUACCUGUGCGGAGUGAUGAAAACCUAUCGACAGAAAAGCAGAGCCAGCCAGCAAGGACUUCCUACACCUGCAAUAACAGUACAAGCAAAAGGUCCAGACGAGGACAAGAUCAAAGCGAUUCUGGAACGCACAGGAUACACACUCGAUGUGACUACAGGACAACGAAAGUACGGCGGGCCGCCUCCAAACUGGGAGGGUGGCACUCCGGGCAACGGUUGUGAGGUGUUUUGCGGUAAAAUACCAAAAGACAUGUACGAAGACGAACUGAUACCGCUGUUCGAAAAGUGCGGCAAAAUCUGGGAUCUCCGCCUCAUGAUGGACCCGAUGACUGGGACGAAUCGAGGCUACGCGUUCGUCACCUUCACCUCGCGAGACUCCGCCUGCAAUGCUGUGAGAGAGCUGAAUGAUUAUGAAAUUCGGAAAGGCAAAAAGAUUGGUGUUACGAUAUCAUUUAACAAUCACCGGCUAUUUGUCGGGAAUAUUCCUAAGAAUAGAGAUCGCGAUGAGUUGUUAGAGGAAUUUGCUAAAUACGCACCCGGCCUAGUGGAAGUGAUAAUCUACAGCUCACCAGACGACAAGAAGAAAAACCGAGGCUUUUGUUUCCUCGAAUACGAAUCACACAAGGCAGCGUCGCUAGCGAAGCGGCGACUCGGAACGGGAAGGAUAAAGGUGUGGGGUUGUGAUAUUAUAGUGGACUGGGCGGACCCUCAAGAGGAACCGGACGAGCAAACGAUGAGCAAAGUGAAAGUAUUAUACGUGCGAAACCUUACACAGGACACCAGUGAGGAGAAGUUAAAGGAAUGUUUCGAGCAGUUUGGUCGAGUUGAACGAGUGAAGAAAAUCAAAGACUACGCUUUUGUGCACUUUGAAGACCGUGACCACGCAGUCGAUGCAAUGAAGGAUUUGGACGGCAAAGAGGUGAACGGUUCUAAUAUUGAGGUGUCUCUGGCGAAACCCCCGUCCGACAAAAAGAAGAAGGAGGAAAUUCUGCGAGCACGAGAAAGGCGCAUGAACCAAUUCUUGCAGAGUAGGAUGGGGAUAGUCGGUGAUUUCGUUCCUCCCUACAGCAUGUCGCCCCAGCAUGCCGGUAUGAUGCCAGGUGCAAUGCCACCGAUGCGAGUUCCUAGCGGCGCCGGUGGUCCACGAGCUCCCAUGCGCGGUCCGAUGAGCCGCGGUGACUAUGCAGCAAUCGGUAAACGUAAGUUCGACGGAGGUCAUCAAAAUCAAGGGGAUAUCAAACGGCGUUACGGAGCGGCAGCAGCAGCGGCACUUGGAAAUCUUGGUAAUAACUGGGGUAGCCAACCGUUGCCCCAGCAGCCCCUCGGUACCAACGGUGGGGAACAGUGGUACACCGAUACCUACUCGGUGUGGAGCUAAGAAGAGCAGGUCAUUCGUAUGCAAAACGAACGACGAACAACGGAACCAGCGCAACAUACAUAAACUGCACACACACAACACCAAACAUACACCAACACCCAUACAGAGACAGUCAGAGGCGCGGAACAAUAGCUAAAAUUUGGCAAACAACAAUCAACAAAACACCGAACCGAAAUUAGCCACAUUGGUAACACAAGCACACCCCUGCAAAGGAAGCGUGGCAACCAUCGCCUACUACUUCUAUCAUUACUAUUACUACCGCGUAUAGCAACAGGCUAUCGAACCGCUACUUUCUGGUCUACUCUCAUCUUUAGUCUCGCAAACACAAUUGUAGUUAAACUCUAAAUUGUAUGUACCAGUAGAAGUAGAACAGCUUCAAAUGUGAACUUAAAUAUACACACACUCACAUACACAAGCAAAAAAUUAAGAAAAAAAGUAAUACGAUUAAAUUAGACUCUUUUAAGAAAUUGACAUACAAAAAUUAGAAGGCAACAUAUUGUAUAAACAAAAUUAUCUUUCGCUAAUCAUCAAAAACAAUAAUAAGAGAAGGAAAAAUGACUGAUCUUUUCAUAAUUCUUAAUAUUUAAGAUUUAGAAAUUAACGAAAAAUUUAAUACGUGAAACAGAAUGAAGAAAACAAAACAAAUCAUGGUAGGAUCAUCGGACAAAAUCCACACACCCCAAAAAAAAUCGCUGAGAUUAUCUUCUGAUUGAAGACAAAAUUCUCCAUUUUGGAUUCGAUUUCAAUUAGACAAACGCAAAAAUAAACGAAAGUUCAAUAAUUUCCCAGUGUUCCAAUAUGAUUAUCAAAAAAAAUUAAACAUAAUAUUGCUGUAAACACAGGCAAUGGCGGAUCUCCACCACCCGAGGGCUGGGCAAUGGAAAGUGAUAAACAAAAAUUAAAAAAAAAUACUACUCAAAUUAUUACCAAUGUUUUCUGACUCGCUUAGAGGCUGCGUCACCUAUACAUAUAUAUACUACUGAGAAGAACGCAACCACCGUCUUUGCAGAAGACGGGCACUACAAAAGCAUUAUUAUGAACCGUUUAGUGUGUACUACUGUCAGCUAGUGAUGUCGACAAAAAAAAUUAGAAGAAAAAUAGGCGUUCGUAUCGAAAAUUCGGAAAAGUAAAUCAAUUGAAAUUGCGUUUCGAAGAGAAAUUAACAAAAAAAUUGAUUCGGUGAACAUCUAGGAUUAUAUGCGAAGCAAAAAAUGCAAAAAAGGUGUAAAUAAAUAUUUCGAAAGUGCGAAAAAAUCGUGUAUUUAGUAAUAAACAAAAAAAAAACUAGAAGAAAAAUCAGUUUAAAUUGCAAACAAUACUAAAAAAGCAUAUUAGUGAUUUUUGAUGAAAAAAAAAACGAAAAGUACAUAAAAACAAUAUGGUGAAAUGUGAUUAUCGAAAAAAAAAUGUAAAAAGGAGACAAAUUAUAAAAUUGAAUGUGUAGAAUUUAGGCUCUUAAAAUUAAAAACCAACUCGGCUAAAAGCACAAAAUUAAGUGAUCAGGAUAAAAUCUCUCCAAAGAAAGAGUAGAAAAACCACCCGGUAAAACCUUUAGGAAGUGAUAACUAAAUUCGAAAUUAUCAACCGUUUCGGAAACGGAAACAUAAGGCAAGUGUGAUUCGCGCGCCGUGGGCUUUAGGUAAAACGAAACCAGUUUUUAGGCUUGACAAUAUUGAAUUCGGAGACAAACUAUACAGAGGAAAAAAAAUCGAAACGUCACCCAAAUUAACAUCGGCAUAGCUUUCGAAACAAGAACAACAAGGUGAGCAGGAAGAAGCAGAAUAACGGGAAAGAAAAUACCAACAACGUCUAGAUAUUGGGUCCUUUCGGUAGGAAACUUUAACUCCAAAAUGGCCGCUGCCGUAGCGUCGUCACUUUUUUACGUUUAUUUCAAGCGACACAAGGCUUGAAUUUGUUAAUAUUUUCGUUACCUGCUUUGAUACGAAACGAAAUUGUUAAAGCAAAAAACCAAGUUCAAACAUCUAUCAACCGCUGUUGAAAUCAUGACGAAAAAAACCAAAAUUACAAAAUGUGUAAACAAAAGUUUUGUUCUUUUUCGGUUUCUCGUAGAAGUACGCUAAGCUUCCGUACACAUAAAUACACUCUACACACAGAAUAGAACACUGCAAACUAUAGGUAAAUAAUAGGUUUUUUGCUUCUUCAAGGUUUGGCUUUCAGCCAGCUUUGCUUAUUGUUUGUGCAAAAACAAAUCUCUGCAUUAAAAAAAAAGUAGAAACACAAACUAAGGAAUCGUUCAAGCACAGCAACACCAGCAGCGAUAGGAAUUGAGUAUACUAAAAACUUUCCGCAUACAAUUUAGAACAGAUUGCAGAUAGGCAACGGAACACAAGGUUGAUAAAAAAAAACACACUCAUUCAUUAGUAAACGGAACAGCAGGCGAUUUUUUCUAUUAUUUUUUUUUCAAUUUUCAUAAAAAAUUUAAUUGGAUGAAGCAAACAGAGCGAAAUAAAAAGCGUAGUCGUCGUGGUGUUUUUUCUUUUUUCUACGAAAUACGGUGCCCCAAAAUGCUGCCUUAUUAAACGAAACAAAAUGCAAACGCACUGAAUGUAAAAAAAGGGAAUCUUUUACUAUCACAACACAUAAAACGUAAAAGUGGGAGAAAAGACUGAAUGAAAAUUAAUUUCAAGUUAUUUAGAUGGGCAAGGAAAAGUGAUCGGCAAACAGCUAGAAUCGAUGAUCUGAUCAUGGACCCCCUUCCGGAAUGAGGACAAGCAGUCUACUGAGUGGCAGUGUUGCCAGGGCAUAGGCGGCGGGUGGAUCGGUCAUCACAAAAAUUUAAAAAAAAAUGGUUGGCGAUGCGGCAACAAAUAAAAAAAAGGAAAGCAAAACUCGUAUGCGGAAAAAGCGAAACAAGCGAUAGCAAGCAGUUCAUGAUUAAAAGAUAACAUUUUAGUGCUAGGACCAUUUCUAUAUAAUUAUUUUUCGACAAAAUUGAUUGUAUUCGUGGGAUAGUAGCAGACGAUAAAAAGGGGAUGAACGGAACGUAAAAUUAUGCAAUAUUCAAUCAUUAUUUUUAAACUAUUUUUGUGUACGUUCAAAACUCAAAACCUAUAGCGGAAUAACGACUGUAUUUAGGAAUUUAGUUGUAGCGCGUUUUUCCCGGUCGACGGCAAACCACGCGACUCGCAAGUGUCCAGUAGUAGCGGUUCAGUAGGUUUCUUCACCACCGAAAACCACCAGUGCUGCCAGAGCAGUUAGUUUGUUCUCAUUUUCAUUUGUUUACGUUGUUUUUUUUUCUUUUAAACGAGGAAACUUUAAAUUUGGAUAAUUUCUAGCUGUUAUUCUUUUCGUUACAUUUUUAUCGUUAACUUUUCUAUGGAUUAACUUUCCUUUCUGUUUUGUUUCGUGUAAAUCUUUGUUGAUCGAUCGUCGUCUUUGUUCCCACUGGCAACGCGCUGACAUUCGCGGUGCUUCAAGCCCAGCCUACUGAACGCGCGUGCGUGGUCAUCUCAUCGGAAAGUAAAUGUAAUAAAAUAAAUAUUAACGUUUAGAUGUUAUUCUUAAUAGUACGCGCUGUUUGGCAAUUUUGACAAGUCGGAUGAAUAUUGCACAGAAGCUAUAAAAAGAGAAUCAAAUAUAAACCGAGCUAAGUGAGGGGAAAACACUGCUAGGAUCAGAGAAUGGAAACAAAAAAAAAUAUUUGUAUAAAAAUAUAUAUUGAGAAGUUAUUAUGUUAAUUAUAUAUUUUUAUUUUAUAUUGUAUUUUGAUUAAUUAACGUAAAUUUUAAUUAUUUUAGAUAAAAUUAUCCUUAUCUUUAGUUCAUACAAAACAAGCAUGCCACGCUAAAUUAUCGUAACUGCAGCAAAUUCACACUAUAAAUGAUCAAAAGUUGAAUACUAAAUCAUACGCAUGAAGCAAAACAGAAAAUAACAAUGAACGAUUUCCCCUUCUACCGUAAAAUGUCUAAUUCAUAGAGAUACAUAAUUAAAAUAAUUAAUUAAUUUUAAAUUAUCCAAAAGCCUCCACACACUAUUUUUUUUAUUUAAUGUUUACAACAAUUAAUUUUAACGAUACGAAAACGAUGCAAACCAUAGCAACACAGUCUCCAGUUUUUUUUCUUUUCGCUGUCAAACUAGUUUAGCAGAACCAAGCAGAAGCAAAAUAUGGAAAACAAGAAUCAUAAGAUGUAUCACAGAAUUUUAACCUUAAACAUAAUGAAGCAAAUAGUUUUAAUCUCUUUAUCUAAAAAAGCAACUAACUUUCAAGCAAGAAAUAUUCAACAGUAACAUGCAAAUCAACAAACAAACAAACAAACGAACCAGAAACACAACAGUAACAAUAAAUAACCGAGUUUGUAAUUCAAAUCACAAAACAACAGCAACAAAAAUGAAACAACCCCCUUGAUUUUGGAGACGUCAGGUCAAAUCGAAGUAAUCUACCACCUAAAAGCCAUUCGAAAUGGGCAAAAACUGAACCAUCCGAGGAGAGUACGCCAAUGAGAAACACGAAAAAGGCACGGUUACAGCGAGACCAUGCGUAAGAGAUAGCAAACAAACGUAAACUAGCGAGUUGUUAAACACGGAAAUAACUACUAACACUGAUUAAAAUGAGAAGACAAAUUUCAUUACCAAGAAACAAAAAAAAAUCUAUCAUUACCCCUGGCACUUUCUACAGGCUAAACUGUACGAUUUCACACUGCACUCCGGAUUUCUGUUUCGCUUAGUAUCAACUUUGUAUGUCUCCUUUUAGACAGUUUUUGUUAGCCUUCUUUAUUCCCCUCAUACAUACCUCUUGACACGCACCAUCCCUUCGUCCACUUACACGUUACCUUAGUUUGUUUUGUGCUUUGAUGUACAAUAUAGCAUUUUCUUUUCUCAGUAAUUUACUACUUAUCCAUUUCCUCGCACACGCACACACACACAUAUACUCACAAACACUGAUCAUUUGACAAAACACAAAAACCCGCGACUCAAUUUCUUGAAUUUCUCUAUUGUUUUGUUAAUCGAUUUUAAUUGAUUUAUAUAUUUUUCAAUAAAAUACGUUAUUUUUGGUAUCGCGUAACCUCCAUCAUUUAUGCGAAAAAGUUAACUAAAUUACUAAUUGGUAAUAGAUACAAAAAAAACAUAAAAAAAUAGACGGGAACCUAAACAAAAAUAUUCAAAAAAAAAAAGAAUUAGACAAGCCAAAUCAAAUCCUUUCACAAUCACAUUCAUACACUUCUCAUACAACACACCCACAUACACACGACCAACCACAGUAAGUCAGUCAGUCAGUCAGUCAUGCGAAGGUGAUAGGAAAAUAAAGUGGAAUUGAAGGCACGGUUUCUGUUGUGUUCACGAUUUGAUCGCAACUGACUGCCAAACUGGUUCCGUGAGUAACCGAAGCGAAAGGGUGACUUUCAAUUCCAAUUUAUCUACAAUCAGGCAAGUCGAUUUGCAGAGUUUAGAGUAACACAUUUGAUACCUAAAAGUUAAUAAAAAAAAAAAGAAGUAAAAAACAAACAAACAGAUUAAACCGUAAUAGCAAACGAAACAAGAAAUGAAAUGAAGAAGAACAACAUCAGAGAAGAAGGAAGAAACGAAUAAAUAAAGCUAAACAACCUUUGUAUCUUCUCUAUAUACGAAAGAAAAAUAAAUGAAAAUAAAUGUUA